CGGAGGAAUCAAACCACAGAACAUUUCAGCACCUACGUUAAUCCCCACUUGCCUGUUCCGUACACGGCUCCCCCGCCUCUGCGUCUGCCGCUGCCGCCACAGUCAUGGACACGCCGCCGCCCUCUCUCCCGCCGUCCACCCUCCUCUGGCCAGACCUCCUCGCGGGUGCGGCGUCCUCCACGCGCCGCCUCGUCGCCGCACAUUCCUGCCACUUCCUCGCCCUAUCCUCUCUCCUUCUUCUCCCGCUCGCCCUCCUCCUACUCGCCCUCCCCUGUCCCUUCCUCCCUGCCUCCGCCUCCUCCCCCGCCGCCCCCUCCGUGUCUCUCUGGUACCCGCCGGAUCCGCCGAGGAACCCGCUACACAUCCCGCUGCCGCUUCUCGCUCUCGCCGCCGCGCUCCUCUACCUCGCUGCCUUCGCCGCCGCGGCGGCCAGCGCACACGCAGGGUUCUUCGGUCGCCCCGUCCGGCUCCUCGCCUCGCUCCGCUCCGUGCCAGCCUCCCUCCUCCGCCUCGUCAUCACCGCCAUCCCGGCCUCCCCGCUCGCACUCCUUCCGCUCCUCCCGCUCCCCGCUGCGCUCGGCGCCGCACUGCCCGUCCUCGGCUUCGUCCUUUUAUCCCCGUUCUGGUCCAUCGCUGGCGCCGCUGCCGUGGUCGAAUCGGCCACAGGCCUCACGCCGCUCCGCCGGAGCUGCCGGCUCCUCUCUGGCGCCCGCCUCGCAGCCCUCUCCUCGUUCCUGGUCUUCGCUGCCGGGAUUGGGGUCACGCUCUGUGGCUUCGGCGGUGUGGCUGCCAAGACGUACGACGCUGGGGCUGGGUGGACUGGGAUGGCGCCCGUGGUGGUCAAGGCGGUGGCUGGCACAGCGCUGCUGGCCGUGAUGAUGCUGUACGGGAUGGUGACCAACGUUGUGCUCUACAUGCACUGCCGCGCGAUGCACGGUGAGCUCGCAGGGGAGAUCUACAAUGAGUUCGCCAACAUGUAUGUCUUCCUGCCCUUUGACGAUGGAAAAGAUAGCCAUGUUGUCUCUGUGGUCACGAUGUGGCCGUGAUUGGUUUCAGUGGAAGCAAUGGUCUGGUGUGCAUUUCAGUUCUGUGCAUAAGUUUGUGUAAUUGUGAUGGAAUGUUCAGAACAUGUAGACUACUAUUAGUGUAAGAGAUCCAUGCUUUUGAUUUUGUAUCAAAAUAGAAAAAGGAUUUGAGUAUCAUACACCACUGUUGAUGGGAAUCGAAUGUAAACUGUCCAUUCAUUG